UUCAUUUUCAGGCGGGACGGUGCUGGUUUCUCAGGGAAGAAGGUUUAGUGGAAAGUAUCUUUAUGUGCAGGAAAAACGCAUCCUUUUAAUUAUGAGCGAAAUAAUAAUAGUUUUUUUGUAUUCAUCCUGAAAGCUGAGGUGGCUGCUUUAUCAUCCGUGAGCUGGCGAUCAUUGGUGUAGGCUGUCACGUUAGCUUUGCGUUUUGUUGUUGUGUUUCGUGACAUGUUGAGCUUUCUGUAAUUCUUGUAUCCACGGUCUUCAUAAAGCAGUCAUGGCAAGACCUUCAAGGACCAAGAAACCUGUGGAUUAUUCACAGUUUGGGGAUCUUGAUGACGACGACGAUUUUGCCUGCGUGAAAGCUCCUCCAAGCAAGAAGCCAAGAGGGGCAACGACAGCGCAGGAGCGAGAGAGAACGCCGAAAGAGCCUGCCAGAGUCUCGAAUGAGGGGUCCGGUUCGCAGCCCGAACAUGGAAAUGAGCGAUUAUCUGUGCAUGACAAAGUGUAUAACAGAGACUUAGAAGCAGCUCUUGUCUUGUCUAUGCUUCAGUCAGCUGAAGAACCUUGUGAGGCCCUUUCACCUGAGGCAAAAGGAAACGGGAGUCAUCCUGAAGGAGAAUCUGAAAAUAUGAACGGACCUCCUUUACUCUCAAACUGCAGUGUGGAUAUCAACCUUCUUGGGUUAGAUAAGAUUACAGACGAGAAGAGCUCUACUUCUGGUCCCAGGCAGAGGAGAGCAGCCUCAAAGGCGACCGAAAGGCAGAAGAAGAUUUUGAUGGAUGAUGAAGGCAGCGAUGCUGAGGCAGAUGAAGAGUACCUGCCCACCUGUACUCCAGUUUCAGAUGGAGGUUCAGAAAGCGAUGCCGAUUUCAGCAAUGAAGAGGAGAACGACGAAGAAUUUGCGGUGAAAAAGAACGUGCCAAAGAAGCCAAAUAAAAAGGAGAAAAAAGCACAGCCGCAGAGCUCAAAAAAGGAAAAGAAGCCUUCAAAAUCCAAACCUCGUGCAACAGUGACUCCUUCAGCUGGGACUCCCAGCCCCACAGCCGCCAGGCCUAGUCCAGUCCCGAAAAAAAUGGUGCCAUCUACUCCUCCCCUGACCGCCUCCAAGUCCCCGGUCAGUGGGAGUCCGGGAGGAGGGAGGAUACCGAAGUGGACCCCACCAGGUCAAAUCGGGAAAAGCCCAGAAGUGCCGAAAAGUCUCCCAGCCAGGUCUCCGGGGCAGGGAUUACGCCUGGGACUGUCCAGAUUGGCCAGAGUGAAGCCUCUGCACCCCAGUGCUGCUGUGAACUGAACUUCACUCAUCUCCAGAGACCCUCUCUUCCUUGCCAGUGUAGUACCGGUCACGGCACAGACAAAUCACAACAUCUUCUUGAAAUGCUUCUGCAACAAGUGCAGCCCCCGGUAUAUUCUGUAGUUUUAUUAUCCUCUAUUAUUUAUUGCUAGACCUCCACUUUAAAGGCUUUUUUCCAGACUUUUUGUGAUAGUUUUGCUGAAGUUCCCAAUUCCUGAUAAAAGAGAUCAUGUCAGGGGCAAUGUUUUUCUGCUUCUGAGGUAGGUGUCAACAUCAUCUCUUUUUACCUUUAUAACUAUCCCUAACCAAACUGAUUCCUACUAUAAUUCCAAAAUCCUCAAAUUAUUUUAUUUAAAAAAAAACAUUUUUAGCCAUCACUAGGGGUCUCACUGCUGUUUUGUCAUGACUCCAGUAUUGAUUCAUGUUUGUCAAAAUAAAUCCUGGGCUUGUUGUUUGCAGAACUGUAUGUCAUGCCUUGACACAACCUUCCUUGUAUCUUGUCUGGUGAAUCGGAAAUUGCUGGUUCAUACCUUCUGUGGUUUUUGUUACUGGGCAAGAUGUGCUGCAAGAGUUGAAUGCAGUUGUUUUUAGUGCAUUUUGAAUACGGACAUGUGGUAAUACUGUACAUUGCUUGGUUAACCAUUUUGUGCUGGUAGACUAUAAUUGAUGUUGGAAAUAAGUAUAUCAAACUUCAUGAUUUGUUUUAAACCUGUAAAAUCCUGAUAAUCAGGCCUUUUAUAACAAUAUGUACAAACCAGCCGUUUUUAAUUGAAAAUUAGAUACCAGCACUAUACCCAAUUUAUAAACUUUUAUUUUUAUGUUUUUAUUUAUAUAGCAGUAAUAUCAAAUAUGCUCCAUCUUAGGUAAAUCUUUUUUUGGUAACAAGUCAACCUAGAAAGAAAUGACUUAGCUGCGCUUGUUAAUCAACAUGGGAUGUAAUUCCUUGCAUAAACAGAAAGUUUCUUUUUAUAUGUGGGUCAAAACUGUCUUCAUAAACAGUGAUAAUGAGAGACGCUUUGGUGUUUCCAACCAAAAUGUGUGAGCAGAGUGAUUCAACUUGAAUGCAGUUUGCCCCUUUUGCAAAGCCUAUUCUGAGAAUUUCUGGUUUUGUGUGAGCUGUUCUAUAGGUGUGCAGGUUUCAGUCUUUGUCAAACAGUUUUGUAUUUUUGUAUCAGUUUUGUGUACAGAAAGAGAAAUUUCUAAUAAAAAUAGUGAU